AUGCGUUUCACCACGGCGUUCCUCUCAACCCUUGUGUUUUCCAGCACCGCGCUGGCUGGCUCAGCCACCCAAGGAUCCUCGUCCUUGGGUGCAUCCGAUACAUCAUCGGACGCUACGUCAGUUUUCCACACACAGGAGAAUGUCGCCAAUACUGCAGCCACUACAUCGGAGACCCCGGCUGUAGUUCAGGGUGCUGCUGAGACGGGCGAGACCCGCAGCAACCAGAACGAUGACAAUGCUGCCCCCGGCACAUCUAAAGCUCCCGUCGACACUUCCGUCGAUAUUUCUGCUCCUACGGACACCCCCAGCAUAGGCCCCUCAUCGCAAGGCGCCCCGACUGCCACCCAGAUUGGAGGUACAGAGCCUUCUGGGUCUAAGAAUGACUCCACAAAGAACGCCGAGAGUGACAUGCCUUCCGUCACUGGCGCUGUCUCGCAGACCGCGGAUGGCACCAAGGCACCCUCGAUGCACUUCACUGGGAGCCCCGUCGCUAGCGGGAGUGUUACUGUGACCAAGUCCGCACCGCCAGUCACCAGCAGCAGCUAUAGUGACUCUCCCCAGGGUGAGAGUGAAGGUGACACUCUGCUGAGCUCUUGGAAAGACUUUGGAGAUUUCUUUGAUGGCCUCAAGGGUCUCCUCUCGCCCACCCUACUUGAGGACAUCGAGUCCUUCUUCCACCACGUCGCCUACCUCCUGGAUGACAAGACCACGGACCAGACCAAGUCGCUGAUCAGCACUGCCUCCAGCCUGCUCACCCAGAGCUUGAUUGAUAAGCUCACUGGCCUGCUCGACAACGCAAGUGCUUUGUUGACCGCGGAUUUUGUCCGUGAGACUCAGGGUCUUAUCAAGUCUGUCGCUCCUAUCCUGACUCCUCAGCUGUUCAAGGAGAUCAGCGGCCUGCUAGAUAGUGCUGGAAGCCUCCUGACCAAGGACUUCAUCCGUGAAACCAAGGGUCUCAUUGGAACGGUGGCUCCUGUCAUCACUCCCGAUCUGUUCAAGGAGAUCAAUGGCUUACUCACCAAUGCCAACUCGCUGUUAACUCCUCAGUCAGUGAAGAUGAUCAACGGAUUGUUGAGCAACGCGAAUACCCUAUUGACCCCCGAGUCUGUUAAGGAGAUCAAUGGCUUGCUGAGCAAUGCCAACACUCUGUUGACCCCCGAGUCUGUUAAGGAAAUCAACGGAUUAUUGAGUAAUGCCAACACUCUAUUGACUCCGGAGACAAUCAAGGAGAUCGGUGGAUUGUUGAACAAUGCCAAUGCCUUAUUGACCCCCGAAUCAGUGAAGGAGAUUGGCGGACUUCUGAACGGGGCGAAUACCCUGCUUACGCCCGAGUUCAUCCGUGAAACCAAGGGGCUGAUCGGCAGUGUGGCUCCUGUCCUGACACCCGAAGUUCUGAAGGAAGUAAGCAGCCUGCUGUCCAACGCCAACUCGCUUUUGACCGCCGACUCGGUCAAGGAGAUCAACGAUCUGCUGUCAAAUGCCAACGCCCUCCUGACUCCCGAGUUUGUCAAGGGUACCAGUGGCCUGAUUGAGGGCAUCUCGCCUGUCAUCACACCUGCCCUGCUUGCCAAGGUCGGCGGUCUGCUCCACACAGCCAGCAGUCUCCUGACCGACAAGUUCGUGGAAGAUGCUGCAUAUUUGAUAGGCAAUGGGACGAUGCUGCUCAACCCCGGCUUCGUCAACGAUACUCGUGGGCUCAUCAAGGAGGUGUCGCCCAUCGUCACUCCUGGCCUUCUGGCCCAGGUUGGCGGCUUGCUCGAUAAUGCCGACGAGCUCCUCUCGAAGAAAUUCGUUAAUGAAACCCAAACUUUGAUCGAAGAUGCUGCCGAUGUGAGCCCAAAUCCCUGA